AAUGUUUGUCAGAAAUUAGUACAUCAGUUUAUAAACUUGAGAAUUUUAUUGGAAGUUUAAUUUUUCAGGUGCACGGUUGAGCCUUCUUUCCCAGCUGUCACUGAAGCAUUUUAUGCCUGAUGUUCCUGCAGUGGCAGAGUUCUCUACCAAUGAAAGCAUGGGCCACUCUGCUGACCGCCUUGCUGCUGCUUUCCAGAUAUCCCGGGAAGAACAAGACGAGUUUGCACUGCGCUCACACACACUGGCUCACAAAGCACAGGAAGCAGGACACCUGUCUGAUGUAGUGCCCUUCAAGGUCCCUGGUGUAGACCAAGUAGUGGAGAAAGAUAAUGGUAUUCGUGUGUCCACCCCUGACCAGUUGGCCAAGCUCAAACCUGCCUUUGUGAAGCCACAUGGUACCAUUACAGCAGCAAAUUCUUCAUUCUUGACUGAUGGUGCUUCUGCUUGCCUUAUAUGUACCGAAGAGAAAGCCAAAGAGAUGGGAUGGAAGCCCAAGGCAUAUAUUCGCGACUUUACUUACGUUUCCCAGGACCCUAAGGAUCAGUUGCUCUUGGGGCCAACUUACGCUACCCCAAAGGUUCUGGGAAAAGCUGGCCUAAAGAAUUCAGAUGUUGAUGUGUGGGAAAUCCACGAGGCAUUUGCAGGCCAGGUGCUUGCCAACUUUAAGGCCAUGGAUUCUGAUUGGUUUGCAAAAACUUAUCAAGGACGUUCAGAGAAAGUUGGCGCUCCUGAUCCGGACAAAAUUAACACAUGGGGAGGCUCAUUAUCCAUUGGUCAUCCAUUUGCUGCAACAGGUGUGCGCCUCUUAAUGCAUUCAGCUCACCGGUUGAUAAAGGAAGAUGGCCACUAUGCUUGCAUCACUGCUUGUGCUGCUGGUGGUCAGGGUGUUGGUAUGCUUAUUGAGCGGUAUCCAGGUGCAACUGUUUAAGCUGGUGUACUUUGAAAGUGAUGCCAAGAAGUACUUCAGAAUGUUACCAAGAACACAUUAAAAUAAAAUGAGAAAGUUGCUUCUUAAAAUUUUGUUUUCUUCCAGUGGGAAAUUCAUGAGGUAUACAUUUUUUAUAAUAGUGUUUAGCUUCCUACCAUGUGUUUACCCAUAAAUAUAAGAAACUGCAAUUAUCAAUGCAAUAAUUUUAAUAUGGAGUAAGGCAUCUUUUGAAUUAUUAGUUAACUGUAGUGUUUGUAUAAUAUAAUUAACGGUUACUAUAUAGUAUUUUUGUAUAUAUUAUUUUCAUGAAUACAUGAAAUAUAACAACCUAAUGGAUUUUAAUUAUCAUGAAAGUAAUAGGGGAUUUAAAUGGUACAAUAAACAUAAAACUGUAGGACUAAACCUUCAUAUAUACAUCUGUGUCAAGGUAUUUCUACAAACAUUUUUGAUCUGCUGGAAAAAGACCUACCAUAGUUGCUCUUUACUAUGCAAUUGCUGUGCACAGUCAGUCAAGCCUGUCUAACUAAUAAAUUAACACUAAGCAGAAUUGAAAGUUUUCACCAAAACUAACUUAACAUCUAGCCUAAUCUUGCUAAUGUUGGUGUAAUAUAGUUUUCCUAUCUGAGCUCAACAUAAAUUUAUUUAGCACUUAACAUCAAUAAAAUAUUUUGACAUUGUGAUGUUCAGACUGAUUUUCUUGAAUAUUUUACAACAAAUUUAUGCUCUGCUUAUCGAGCAAAAUGAGGUUAACUGAAUGAGUUUUGUCAAGUUCGGCCAAAAAAAAAUUGUUAGGACCAAGUAAAAAUUUGAGUGGACCUUCAGUGCAUAGACAAAGGGCAGUGUUUUGCAUUUUAAUUUCAUAUAACGAGGUAAAGGCCUAUGAAUAGUCUUUUAUUAUCUUCUUUGUUUAUUAUCUUCCUGUUGCACAGGAUUUUGAAAGGUGUUCUUCCUCCCGACAUGCUUAAAAUGUAAAAAAAAAAAAAAAAUGGUUUCUAAAAGGAACAUUAUGACUGCAGUGAAAUUACUAUCCUCCUCCACUGAUAGGCUUUGAACUGCCAUCAGCCCUUUCAUCCCUGAUAUCUGCACUGUAUACAAUGUUACUGAUAAUAUUCCUCUUAAACAGUGUGAGCUCUCUUAAUUUCUACCUGGAGGAAGGUGUUUUGGGGGUUAACACUCCCAUGGCCCAGUCCAUGACCUGGUCAUGAUCAGGUGAUAUACUGGGAAAUAUAUUUAGUGGUAUUUUGAAAGUUGUCUUGAACUUUCACUUCAAAACCUGUCGUUAAUUUCUUCAGUGGAUUGAGUUGAAAAAUAAUAAAGAGCUAAAAGCCA